AUGGAGGAGGUCCUAAAGGACACUCCAAGUCCUGUCAAUGGCAUGGAGGUGAAGUCCGAGCUAGAGGAUCAUACAAAUAGGCCGAGCAAGUUGACAAACGUGGAAGCCCAUAUCCAAGGUGAACCGCCAAAUCAGAAACUAAUCACCACUUACUUCUGCCCGAAAAAAGCCUUGAAACAAGAUGAUCCUGUGCCAGAGAAUUUCCCUAAGGAACCUGAUGAGGAAUCGCUGGAUAAAACAGGCUCGAACCAAGUCUCCAAUGAUGAGGAGUCUUCUGGUGACGAGGAAAACUGUUCUGAUGAGGAGUUCAAAUUAGCCUCAGACGAGGAGUCACUGGUGGAUUCCGAGCCCGAGCCCGCUGAAUCUUCCAGAAAUGAUAGUGAUCUUGAAUGUUCUUCCAGGCCAGUGAAAAAAGAGAUCUCAAGCAAACCCAAGGGAAAAGAGCAGGAACGAAUCUCAACCUCAUCGAGUUUCAUCGAGAAAGUCAAGGGUCUGAUGCAUAGUAACAUACUCAGCGGCGCAAAGGCCAACGCUAAUAUACAGCAAUUGACCCCUGUGUCCCAGCAAAAGAACAAGACGACAGCGCUCGCAGAGGAAGUUGCGAAGCUUUCAAUUGAAGACCAACCGCAAGCUAAAAAAGACGCAAAUUCAUUGAUUCAGGACUCGAGGAAAUUCGAGCCCUCGGCGUCAAUCAUCAACAUGAACUGGAAGGUUAGAGGUCUCAAAACACUGCUGAAGCACCAUCAGCUCAAGGCCGCUGCGUGGAUGCGCAAUCGCGAGAGUUCGGCGGUGGAGCCAAAUGGAGGCUUGCUCUGCGACGAGAUGGGCCUGGGGAAAACGCUUACAGCUCUCGCAAAUAUCGCGAACGAAAAGUUCUCAAAUCGUUCAAAAGCCCCAACUCUGAUCAUUGUCCCGAGAAGCUUGAUUGCACAGUGGAUCGAUCAAAUCUCUACGCAUUGCGAGGAAAGGGUAAGUAGAGAUGUUCUCGAGUAUUACGCCGGUGCCCGAACGAGCGAGAGCGAUGUUGUGAGAGCGAUGCAAAAACGGCUUAUUGUGAUCACCACAUAUGAGCAAGUCUGCAGCUCUCACCCGAAGUUGAAACCACCAGUCAUGAUCAAGUCUCCAGAAAAGCUUGAGGCUUGGAGAGAAAAGGAAUACUAUCGUAGAGCUGGACCUUUCCAUAAGGUUGAGUGGUACCGCAUCAUUCUUGACGAAGCUCAUUUGAUCAAGAACAAAGAUUCCGCAACCUCCAUCGCUGUCCGAGCCUUGAAAGGCAAAUUCAAAUGGGCUAUGAGCGGGACGCCGUUACACAACGGGGUGGAAGAACUUUACCCAUAUCUCCAUUUUAUCUUUACAUCGGAAAGAAUGGGAUAUGACACCUUCCUGAAAAAAUACUCCAAGGGGUUGGAUAACAUCCUUGAAACUGUCCUACACCGCAGCACAUACAGUACCUGGAUACUUGGCAAGCCCAUUAUCACGCUUCCGGGCAUCAAUAACCGUGUCGUAGAGGUCGAACUUUGCCCAGCUGAAAAGUUUCUUUACAGGGAGAUUCAGGAUCUUGGCAUUGCAAUGGUCAAUGGGUCUGCCGAUACAAGACAGAAACAGAGCAAAUGCAUCUUGGCCGUUAUAACAAUGCUGAGAAUGUUUGUGAGCCAUCCGCUCCUCGCCCAAAAAUUCCUCGAGACUGUGCUCAACCAAAAUGUCAUUGCAAAACUCAAAAAGAUGGUACAAGCAGAAGGCGUGGUUAAGAGCGCAUCAGGGGUCAUCAUCAACUUAAUUCUCGGUAUGGGUGACAAGGUCGCUCCUCGACCAAGGCCUCCAGGAGACUUUUCCGACCUCCAGGUAAAAUUUUACGAACACGUGGAGCGCGUGCGCGAAAACGAGGGAAAACACUACCAAGUCAUAUGCAGAAUAUGCCCUCAUUGCACGAAUAGCGUGAACGAGAAGGAGGCAUUCGUGGUCACAUCCUGUCAUCACCUUUAUUGCAAGGGGUGCUUUGAUGCACUACCCGACCAAAGUGGAAAUACCGAUACCGCCACCCGCAUCUGCAGCUCCUGCAAAAAACCCAUCAAGGAGGCCGGAUACUCCGACGAUUCACCAAAGGGCUCACCAAAGAAGAGAAAGCAGUCCGUGCGGAAGGGAAAUGGCAGGAACAUCUUCAAAAAGCGGCGUCAAAAGUCUUUCAAACAACAGGUUCUAUUGAAAAAUCCAUCAGAUCGCGAGUGGGACGAGCCCAGUGAGGAUGAGAGCGAUUGGAUUUCGUGCAUUGGGGAUCGUAUGCCGUCAGCGAAAACCACAGCGGUUCGGAAACUCAUCACAGACUGGGUGCAAGAGGAUGGAAAUGCCAAGAUCGUCAUCUUCGCUCAAUUCCUGAAGACCAUUCAACUUCUUCAGUUCAUGUGUGAGGAGGAGGGCUGGAAAUAUGCAACCAUUACAGGGAAGGUGUCGCCAACCUCGCGUGAUAGGCAAAUUGAGCAAUUCAGCAAGGAGAAAGAUAUCAAAAUCAUGAUUUCCUCCCUGAAGACUGGCGGUGUUGGCCUCAAUUUGACUAUGGCUAACAAGUGCAUCCUUGUGGAUCCCUGGUGGAAUGAAGCGAUUCAAGACCAGGCGUACUGUCGUCUGUACCGCAUCGGACAACCUCGCUUAGUGGAAUACGUCCAAAUUGUGGCAAAAGGGUCCAUUGACUCGUGGAUGAUCGGUCUGCAGAAGGAAAAGACCCGGAACAUCCAUCGGAUGUUUAGCACGGAGUCGCUUAAGCAGAUACUCGGUCCCUCUGGGGAUAUCCGUGAAGGACCGAAUGGUGCAUUUUCAAUUUUCACUAGUAAGGGAAACAAGAAUGUCCACACCUGGACACAGGCUGUUGAAUCGGGGAUCAUUGAAGAGGUGAAUUCUUCCGAAGAUGGUUAG